AUGAUUAGAAAAAUCACACUAUCUUAUUAUUUGGUGUCUUUACAGACACUGAAUGAGACCAAAAAAUUUACACCAGAGAAGAUUAUCUUCACUAUCAAUAAUGCUGGUAUGACCAUGCCAGCCUACUUCAAUAAUAAAGCAGUUUCCACUGGAGAAGAUCUUCUUCAUGUUUUGAUCAAGAUGAGAGAGACAGCUGACUCUUAUCUUGAUGGCACUGUUAAUAAUGCUGAUGUGACUGUGCCAGUCUACUUUAAUAAUAAAGCAGUUUCUGCUGGAGGAGAUCUUCUUCAUGCCUUGAUCAAGAUAGGAGAGACAGCUGACUCUUAUCUUGAUGGCACUGUUAACAAUACUGGUAUGACCAUGCCAGUCUACUUCAAUAACAAAGCAGUUUCCACUGGGGGAGAUCUCCUCCAUGGUCUUGACCAAGAUAGGGGAGAUGGCUGA